UCAGAGCAAGGGGCAUCAUAAACCCUGCCCAAAAAAGACUGCCCCAGCAGCUCUGUAGUGUGUUUUUCAUUUGAAGUGAUUUAUAAGAAAAAACAUUUAAAAAAAUGGCUUUUGGAGGAUACAAUGAUGUAUCCAACCAUGGACACCAGAAGAAAAACAAGAAGUAUGCCAUUAUUGGCGUCUCGUCCCUUUUGCUGGUGGCCAUGGUAGCUGCUGUGGCCGUCGGCGCGACUCGUAACAAGGCUGAUGGAUCCUCUAAAUCUGAUGGCAAUGGUGAGGUUUCAACAUCAAUGAAGGCAGUUAAGGCCAUUUGCCAGCCCACUGAUUAUAAAGAAACCUGCGAGAAAAGCUUGUCCUCGGCGGCUGGGAACGUCACCGACCCUAAAGAGCUUAUCAAGAUCGGCUUCCAUGUCACAGUUCAGGAAAUUCAUGCAGCAAUUACAAACUCCACCACAUUAAAAAAUCUAGCCAAGGACCCCAGAGCAUCUCAAGCCUUGGAGAACUGCAAAGAGCUCCUUGACUAUGCCGUCGAUGAUCUCCAGGAGUCUUUCGACAAGAUCGGUGCCUUCGACGUCAGCAAGCUCGACGAUUACGUUGCCGACCUCAAGGUCUGGCUUAGUGGUGCAAUCACCUACGAGCAGACUUGCUUGGAUGGGUUCGAGAACACCACGGGUGAUGCCGGGGACAAGAUGAAGGAGGUUUUGAAGACUACACAAGAACUCACCAAGAAUGGCCUUGCCAUGGUGACCGAGAUCUCGAAUGUCUUGACCAAUCUUCAAAUUCCAGGGUUGAACCGGAGGCUUCUUUGGGAUGAGGAUCCUAGUGGAGCCGGCUUCCGUAAAACAUAUGAUGAACCACAUGAUAAGGACCCAACGUCCACUAAUCGACAGCUACUUUGGGAUAAUGGAAGUGGCUUCGACGAAGGGGUCGCUGACCCGCAGAGGAAGCCCUUGAAGUCCACCAACCGGCAGCUUCUUUGGGAUAAUGGGAGCGGCUUCGACGAAAGGCACGCUGACAAGCAGAGGAAGCCCUUGAAGUCCACCAACCGGCAGCUUCUUUGGGAUAAUGGGAGCGGCUUCGACGAAAGGCACGCUGACAAGCAGAGGAAGCCCUGGAAGUCCACCAACCGGCAGCUUCUUUGGGAUAAUGGGAGCGGCUUCGACGAAAGGCACGCUGACAAGCAGAGGAAGCCCUUGAAGUCCACCAACCGGCAGCUUCUUUGGGAUAAUGGGAGCGGCUUCGACGAAAGGCACGCUGACAAGCAGAGGAAGCCCUGGAAGUCCACCAACCGGCAGCUUCUUUGGGAUAAUGGAAGCGGCUUCAAUGUACACCACGCUGAGGAUGAUAAUGGAAGCCGCCUCCCUGCAUGGAUCAAUGGCCAUCAAAGGAAGCUUCUGGGGUCUACCAAUACAGGGGACAUCAAGGCUGACGUAGUGGUGGCAAAGGAUGGAAGUGGCAAGUAUAAGACCAUCAAUGAAGCACUCGUGGACAUUCCCAAGAACAACAAUAAGACCUUCGUGAUUUAUAUCAAGGCAGGAGUUUAUCAGGAGCAUGUAAUGCUUGACAAGCACAUGACCCACGUUACUAUGAUUGGAGAUGGCCCCACGAAGACCAAGAUAACAGGAAACAAGAACUUCGUCGAUGGAACCCCCACAUUCAAGACUGCCACAGUUUCGGCGAUUGGAAGCAACUUCGUGGCCAAGAACAUUGGAUUCGAGAACUCUGCAGGAGCUGCGAAGCACCAGGCUGUGGCACUACGCGUCCAAUCCGACAUGUCCAUCUUCUUUAACUGCCAGAUGGAUGGGUACCAAGACACCCUCUAUGCCCACACCCACCGCCAAUUCUAUCGAGAUUGCACCAUCUCCGGCACCAUCGACUUCAUUUUUGGCAACGCAGCCGCAGUGUUCCAAAACUGCAAGAUGAUCGUCAGGAAGCCAAUGGACAACCAGCAGUGCAUCGUAACAGCCCAAGGGAGGAUAGACAGGCGCGAGCCCACCGCACUCGUCCUUCAGGGAUGCACAUUCACCGCCGAACCAGCAUAUCUCCCACUCAAGGAUAAGAACAAGGCUUUCCUUGGUAGACCAUGGAAGCAAUAUUCAAGAACCAUCAUUAUGCAGAGUCAUAUCGAGGGCUUCAUCCAGCCUGAGGGUUGGUUGCCAUGGAUGGGUGACUUCGCUCUCAACACACUCUUCUACACUGAGGUCGAAAACGAUGGUCCUGGUGCGGCCACGACCAAUAGAGUCAAAUGGCGAGGCAUCAAGAAGAUCAAUUUGGACCAUGCCAAGAAAUUCACUGCUGGAACCUUCAUUGGUGGCGAUAAGUGGAUCAAGCCCGUCGGAGUGCCUUACGUUUCUGGCUUGAUGUAAUUCACGAAGAUAACAGCUCAUAGUUAGCCCUCUAUAUAUAAAGGAUCAAACCGGUCUCCACCUUCAUUAAUUAAGCUAUCUACAUUUUUCCCCCAUCAUUAUUUUUCUUGCCUUCUGAAGAACUGUACGUAGCACCAGAUCAUCAUCUUUAAUAAAGCCUAAGAAUGAGAGAAAUUUCAUGUUGA